AUGGCUUCGGGCAGUCGAGUGCCUUAUCGUGAUUUAUAUAAUAAACUCAAUAAUGAUGAUUUGAAUUAUUUGAUUGAACAUUUAAAAUCUUAUUUAUUUGAAGACGUUGAGUUUGAUUUAAAUUUAAUGUAUGAAAAGGCUUAUAAAAUGGUACAUAAUGGACAUUCUGAUUAUUUAUAUGCAAGUAUUCGAUCAUUGCUUGUUGAAUAUAUGGAUAAUUUGGCCAGAAAGCUUGAAGAUUUCAAAACAAAUAAUUUUCUAAUUGCUUUGAAUGAUUUGUGGUUCGAAAUAUUGAAAAAAGCGGAAGUUGUUCGCGAUGUUCUUUUAUAUUCUGAACGUGUAUUUGAAACUUCUGUUACUGGUGGAACAAUUACUCAUUUUAUUUGGAAUAUUUUUUGUGAAACAAUUUUGGAGAAUAAUAAUUUUGAAAAAUAUUUUGAAUUAAAAGAAGAAAAAUGUGAAGAGGUUCAAAAGAAAUGUUCUUUGGCAAAAGAUAUGAAAAUGUUAAAUUUAAUUAAUAUCGAGAAUGAUAUUAAAAGGUAUGUUGUUUUAAAUAAUUUGGUGAUGGAUAUAAUUAGCUUCCAAUAA